AUGGAGCAAGAUAACGGGGUCACUUCACCAUCCACGACCCAGAGGGGGGGCGCCCCGCUCGCGUACGAGACGCCUGGAUUCUUCUCCGAAGAUUCACGCGUGCCGCAGUGGGCUCAGAACCUCGCGACGGACCUCUUUAGCUUCGUAACCAUCCACUACAACGUCUGGGGCGUGCCCUUCGUCGUGCUUUUCUACUAUCUCUACAGUUUUGGUUACGGUUACUGGUGCCCAGAAGACGGCAGAAGGAAACCCCUGGCCAGCCUUCCGCUCCAUCAUGAGCUGGACAGCAACAAAAAGUACAUCUUCGGAUUCCACCCUCACGGCAUCAUUGUGCUGUCACGUGUCUCCACCUAUGGCGGCAACUGGGAAAAGGUCUUCCCAGGCAUCCCGACACGAGCAUUGGGCGCCUCGACGAUGUUCUACGUCCCACUGGGCCGUGAACUCUGUCUGUGGCUUGGCGGCGUCGACGCCUCCCGCUCCACGGCCGACAAGGUUCUGAACGACGGCACUAGCAUUGUCGUGUACCCUGGCGGUGUCCCGGAAAUCUUCAAGACGGACCCCAACUCCAAGGUGAACGAACUUGUGUUGAAGAAACGUCUCGGUUUCGUCAAGUUGGCUAUGCGCCACGGCGCGGAAUUGGUUCCAAGCUUCGUGUUCGGAGAGAAGUGGCUCUACAACAUGUGGAACCCUCCUCAGGGUGUGAUCGACUUUUUCCGCAAAACGCUCAGGAUCCCCAUGAUCGUCUUCUGGGGAAAGUUCAUGUGGAUGCCCAAGCAGCCGCCCAAGGGCAAGCGAUUUGGCGUCGUGUACGGCAAGCCUAUUCCUACCAAGCUGACAGCUAAUCCCUCCGAGGAAGAGAUUCGCGCUGUGCACACGCAGUACGUUGCGGAGAUCCAGCGACUCUUUUCGGAGUAUAAGAAGGACUUCGGCUACGACGAUGACGAGACGUUGCUCAUCAACUAGGCUAGAUGGAACUCGUGAACAUGAUCUAUUCCGUCUUCUAUGAUGUGAAUUCAAAGCUCUCUGGAAUUUAA